AUGUUAAUCUCAUUUGCCGAGAGGGAGUUUCAUAGAGAAUUCUUCAAGCCACCAACAUACGCUGUUUAUGCGCCGGGCUGUGUUAAUUUAUGUGGUGAAAACGAAGAUUUUAACGAUGGAAAAAUUCUGUCUAUGGCCACUCAGCUUGUAACUGUGAUAGUUGGGACUCGAAGAGCUACGAGCAGGGUGUGCAAGAUAAAGACAUUGUUGCAAGAAAAGGGUGAAGAUAAUUAUGCCAAAUUUUCUUUAAACACAAGCGGUCUUAAUACGAGUAGUCAAUUUACAUGGGCGAAUUACGUAAAAGCUGUUAUACGCAAUUUCAGAGUUUCCAAAGUAAUAACUUUUUCAGAAUAUAUUCCUGGAUUUAAAGCGCUGAUAAUAUCCAGCAUACCAAUAAAACGUGGGCUAGGAAGCAGCUCAGCUUUAACAGUUGCUAUGUACACGUUGCUAGAAGCAAUUACCAAAGUGUAUACGACGAACACAUUAGAGAAAUCAAUUGCAUGCCAACUAGCAGAAAAAAUCGCUACAUCGGUUUCUUGCGGUAUUUGGAAAACUCUGCUUCCUAUUGUCGGUAUCGAAGGGAAAAUAAUGGAAUUUGACUCAAGAUUGCUUCAAAUCCAAGAGCACAAUUGGAGCCCAUUGGAUAUCGAUUUGAUUUUAAUAAAUUCGACUGAGGAUGGUAUCGACACUUUGAUGUAUCAGAAGCAUUUGAAUCAGUGCAGAGAAGUUGCCUUUGCACUAAAUCUAAUAAGCCUAAGGGACGCUACUAUCCCUAAGCUUGCAACGAUUGGACAACUAUUCUCAUCCGCAGCACUGAAAGGCGCACAUCACGUUAUUAAUGAAAAUAAUAGAGUGACCAGAGCAGGGAGGCUAAUAGACCAAUGCCAUUGGAAAAAACUAGGUUCCGUAAUCAGCACAUGA